UAGGGGGCGGGGCAGGGCUGCCAGUGGCAGCGAGGGAGCUGCUGGCAGACAGAAUCCUGUGGAUGUCAGGAAGUCUCUUCCUCUCCCAGCAGUCUGGUUUUGGGCUUGGGAGGCGGCGUCUCUCUCUCCCGGAGCUGCUGCACCCUGUUGAUCAGCCCGUGGUGUGAGCUCUGCUAUGCUGAGUCCUAGCGGUCGCUCAGCCAUAACAUCAACAGCAGGAGCAGCAGCAGCAGCGUCAACUCAGUCCAAAGUGGCCGGGAGCGGAGCAGCGGGAGAGCCGGCAGCAGCAGGGAAGGCUGCGGGGAGACAGAGACACUCACCAGCCCCACACCCGGAGAUCAGCAGCAUGAGCCGCACACCGUGCAGCUGAGCACAGGGCUCCGGAUCCCAGCUCUGCCCCCUGUGCCUCCUGCUGGAAGGGGACGGGGGAGAGAUGGAUCUCUCGGCCCCCUCGCUGAAGGAUGUGAAGUGGAGCUCGGCCUCGUUCCCCCUGGACUUGCUGGUUAGCUCCUACCGCCUACCCCAACUUGUCAGACUGGACAGCGGGGAGAACAUUGAAGAACUGCGGGAGAAUGACUAUCUCCUGAUACACUCAUGUCGGCAGUGGACCACAAUCACCGCUCACAGUUUGGAAGAGGGACAUUAUGUCAUAGGCCCGAAGAUUGAGAUUCCUGUGCACUAUGGAGGACAGUUUAAGUUGCUGGAGCAAGACCGGGAUAUUAAGGAGCCAGUGCAGUAUUUUAACAGUGUGGAGGAGGUGGCUAAAGCGUUUCCUGAGCGGGUCUACGUAAUGGAGGAAAUAACAUUCAACGUCAAGGUUGCUUCGGGAGAGAGCAAUGAAGACACAGAAGUUUAUAACAUCACGCUGUGUACUGGAGAUGAACUCACGCUAAUGGGCCAAGCUGAAAUCCUUUAUGCAAAAACAUCAAAGGAGAAGUCACGUCUGAAUACCAUUUUUAAGAAAAUUGGAAAAUUGAACUCAAUCAGCAAGCUAGGGAAAGGCAAAAUGCCUUGCCUGAUAUGCAUGAAUCAUAGAACUAAUGAAAGUAUCAGCCUUCCUUUUCAGUGUAAAGGGAGGUUUAGCACGCGCAGUCCACUAGAGAUUCAGAUGCAAGACGGAGAGCACACUAUCCGUAACAUUGUAGAGAAAACACGAUUACCUGUAAAUGUGACUGUGCCUAGCCCACCUCCCCGGAACCAGUAUGAUCUGCAUUUUAUACGCGAGGGACACCGGUAUAAGUUUGUCAACAUACAAACCAAGACUGUUGUUGUUUGUUAUGUUCUACGUGCCGGCAAAAUCAUUCCUAUGCAUUUUCCUUUACAUUUAUCUGUCCCUAAGUUUAGCCUUCCUGAAAACGUAGCAAAAGGAGAAAUGUGGCAGGAUCCUGUAGUACAGCAUUGGUAUAACAUAUGCCAAGAACAAUUCGAUAUAGAGGAGUACUCCCGGGCAGUGAGGGAUGUAAAAGCAGACUGGAAUGAAGAAUGCAAAAGUCCUAAAAAGAGUUACUGCUCUGGGCAUAGCCACAUACCAAACUCCCUCAGCUACGCCCGGGAUGAGCUGACCCAGUCCUUCCAUAGGCUUUCAGUCUGUGUUUAUGGAAACAACUUACAUGGAAACAGUGAAGUGAACCUGCACGGUUGUCGGGAUCUUUGUGGGGACUGGGCUGUAUUCCCACAAGAUUCUCCCCAGUACCAAGAUUCUGGUGACAGCGGAAGUGACUACUUAUUCCCUGAAACUGGCGAGGAACCAGUAAGUCUACCAGCUAAUCCAGAGCUUCCUUACGAGGAGCUAUGGUUAGAACUGGGAACUGCAAAGCGAGUAGGACAACCCCUUACCCGUUCACAAAGCGAAAAGAACAAAUGUGACCCUUUCCGAGGUUCAAUUCAUUCCAAGUGUGGCGCAUCCUCGCUCUCAUCUCCUGGAUCUCUCCUGAAAAGCAAUUGUUUAGAUAUAUCCUUACCUCCACCUCCGGUGCCUCCCAAAUCAGAAGCAGUAAAAGAAGAAUGCCGACUUCUGAAUGCCCCACCUGUGCCUCCGCGAAGUUCCAAACCAUCAUCCCCCACCCCAUCUGUUCCACCGGCAACAGGAAAACUAGCACAGCAGCAGACACGCUCUCCCAGCCCUACGCUCUCCUACUACUCCUCAGGGCUGCACAGCAUAGGUGUCACAGAGAAUGAAGUUGCCAAAUCUUCAGACAGUACCCAGGUUUCGUGUUAUCCCUGUAACUGGAUCAAAAAUGAGUCAAGUGAUGUUGAGAGCAAGUUGUCCUGUGGUACAGCGCCACCAGAAAUCCUACCGUUGCGGCUCUCCUGGCCAAACCGGUACUGUGGUGGUGCUGAAGGUAUGAACACGAACGACUUGCUUGUGGACCAGUGCCGAAGUUAUUACAGCUACCCUCGGCAAAAGACACCAGCCACACCAAAGAGAAAUUUUCCAGCCCCGUUUGAUUUAAGCGGAAGUGAUUCUUUGACCGGGUGGACACAAGAAACACUAAAUGAAUUUGCCAGCGUCACUGAAGGUUGCCCGAAGUCUGCAAGUUACUCAUUGGAAAGCUCUGCUGAGAAAAUCGUACCUGACAGCAGCACUAAGCAAAGUAUGUCAUGUCCUGCAUUACCCCCACGGGCACCCAAGUCCAGCGAGGUAGUAACGGUGCUAGAACCACUCCCUCUGUCUAUGAAAAUAGACGGUGCAGAAGAAGAGCCACUGACUUGUUCUCCAGAUAUCACAGAUGAACAUUAUUUGUCCAGAAAGGGCAUGCAGGAUAUUUUCUCAAUUUCAUACCCAUUUUCCUCCCCCCUACACAUGCAGCUAGCACCAAGGUCAUGUGGGGACGGCUCCCCAUGGCAGCCCCCAUCUGAUCUUUCAGGAUUAUCCAUGGAGGAGGUAUCAAAAUCUCUGCGAUUCAUUGGCUUAUCAGAAGAUGUUGUGUCUUUCUUUGUCUCGGAAAAGAUUGAUGGGAAUUUACUUGUCCAGCUCACGGAAGAGAUUCUUUCAGAGGACUUCAAGUUAAGCAAACUGCAGGUUAAAAAGAUAUUGCAAUUUAUUAAUGGUUGGAGGCCUAAAAUGUAGAGAUGAAAGUGUUACAAAAGGGACUGUACAGACUGCGGACGAGCUCGGCAGAAGUGCCCAUAUUAGUACAAUCUGAAAUUGUUAUUUUGCACUAAGAGAAUAAUCUUGGCUGUAUAUAGUCCUUCAAAAGAAGAAAUUCUUACUAUGCAGUGAAAGGUACGAGUUGUAGUUGUAUCACUUAGUACUGUAUGUCAAUGCAAAUACGUAUGAGAACACUCACAGUGUGCCUUGUGCAUCACUGACCACUGAGCAGCUGCUACAUAUUAUUUUGAAAUAUUAAAGGGAAUUUUAGUUUAUAAGCUUCAUGUCUAAAGAUGUAAUAUAUUUAUUAGCCAAAGCCUGAAGAUAAUGUAGUUAUCUCCUAUUUGAAUAAAGUUAAUGAAACAUAUUGACACAGUGCAUUUACCCUCCUAAGAACCUAUGAAAGAGCACUUAAUUUGUUCCCCACACACAUAUAUGGAAAUAUAUUUCCAGUCCACGGGAUUAUAAAAUAACAUCCCAAAAGAGUCCAAUUUCAAUCAUUAAAAAGCUAGCAAAAGCCUUGUACAUUGAAGAUCAUGUUUCAGUCUUUCCAGAAUUUGUGUACAUGAUGUACUAUGUGGGGAUAUGUAUCCUGUAUGGAGGGAAGUGCUUGGUCAAUAAAACAUAUGGAAUAUUGCAUUUUAACUCCACAGUGCAUACAGAUGUAACAGAUCUUCCACUGUUUAGAAAUGAAAUAUUUUUGAGAGCUGUACGGCUGGCUUUUGCCAUUAAUAUUUUAGAUGUGUCCAUUGAAUUGAAGGAGAUCAACGUAACCAUGAGAUGUGGUGUUAGUGUGUAUGCAAUUAGCUUGCCUAAUGGCCUGCUACAUAGAUCCUAGGCUCUUGUUACUGACCAAUGUUAGUAGAUAUCUAACCCAUCUCCGCCUCCUACAGUUGACUGCAGAGAUUAUUCAUGUGUGCGAAUAUUUCCAGUCUAGGGCGUUACACUUAUUUUGCCUUAGAUUGGUCCCAAUGAAGGAUGGCUGUAUUUGAUAUAGACUCUUUUCUUUCCAACCUGUACAAUUUCCGAAGGAUUAGCCCUAAAUGAUAAAGCAACGCUUCUUUUUAAAUCCUGUUUUUCCUGGAUAAAAUGUAAUAUGUAACGCCCGGAACAAAACCACUGCUUGAGAUGUAGGUACCUCAACUGAUGGUAAAGCUAUAGACAUUCAUAGACCGUGUAUGUUUUGUGUAUAUAAUGUAUAAUAUAUAAACUUAUUUUCACUCAG